CUUAGCUGCAUCGUCUGGGAUGGAUCCCAACAACCCAGAGAUUCAGACUGACCCUGGUGGAGAACCUGGUCUGACAGCAGACCGGGAGAAUUCUGAGUCAAUCUGUCCAGAAAAGGAGAAGAAGAGUUCCUGCAUGGUGACCGAGGAUCCGACCACUAAUGGUUCCUGGUCACAGAGGUCCAUCUCCCGUUCCUUGCAGCGAGCUGAGACUUUACUCAGAAGCACCUUUAAUCCCAGUCUGAAGUGGCUGUUCCACGGCCGCAGUCAGGACGAGGAAGAGGACGAGGGAAAUUUUGUCGUCGCUCACAAUCUGGUGUCCCGGUCCUCUGCGCGUCUCCUGCGUCUGCAGCAAGCUCUCCUGACUGUGGCACCCCAGUGGCAGCCGGUCAGCGGGGCACAGAGGGGGUCUCCACAGCAGGUCUGUGUUAAAGGCAUCCCAUCAGAGGGUGGCGUUCUCCUCCUGCCCUCCUCCUCCUCCUCCUGCUCCUAUUCCGUCCUGCAGGGGCACUACAGGGCUCUGUGGAGGCUGCUGGAGCAGCGCUCCCUGCUGCUCUUCAUACACGAGUACACCAGGAGGGCUCGCCUAACAGCAGCGUACAUAUCCAGAGUGAGCCACCUGCUGGAGCAGCAGCUGGAGAAAUCACACCGGACACCUAGCCAGACCCCGUCCAGCUGGUCUUCAGCCGGGGUUGGUCUUGGCUCACUGAGUCAGGAGCUCCGGGUCCAUCUCAACCACUGGUCUUGUCUUUUCUCCAAAGUCCAGUCUGACCACUACCUGAGACCCGCUCUAGUCCAGCAGACCAGGCUGCUGGGGGAAAUCAAACAGACCCUGGACUUACUUGGUCUGCAGGCCCUGGUUUUGAUGGAACAUUAUGUGUAUAUCAUUUUGUGUGCUAUAGCCCGAACUGAAUCGGAAUCAGUACCAAGAGAAGUCCUGGAGGAUAUUUUAGCUGGAACAGACCUGUAUAACCAGGCAGUGGGAGAGCAGAGAGCGCAGCACAGCACCACCCAGCUGAGGACUGCAGUAUUACAGCGGGCACAUUACUCCACACUGGACUGUAGUCUUCCAAACAGCGGAGGGCGUCACCCUGCUGCCUUCACAGUCAAAGAGCUGAUGAUGGUUUUAGCAGUGCAUCAAGCGGACAUGGCCUCCAAGCAGCUGCACUGCUGGGCCUCUGAGCAGAGCUGUCCCAUCUGUCAGGUCCACACCAACCACGAGGCCUACGCAUGUCCUGGUAACUCUGUUGGUCAGGUGGCCAGGCCCGGCUCUGGGACCUCGGCACUGAGAUCUGAAUGGACCUGGGAGCAGCUGCAGCAAACCUACCUCAGUUCCUCUUCUUUCCUUUCUAUCAAUCAACAGUUAUCAUCCAGUCACAACCGUCAUAAAACUCCUCCUGUUUACAUCCCCAACCCUCAUUUGGCCAGGACUAUCUUUGAAAACCACCACCCUGUGUUAGCCAAGCCCACCUUUGUCGAACACAGACCUGAGAACUCGAACAAAGACCAAACCAGCCAGUGCCAAACAUGCUGUUCCCAGACUGGUCUAGUCCAGACAAGUGUGGAAGCUUUGGACUCAGUCAAACCAAAUCUAGAAAGUUUAGAAAACUGUAAACUAUUACGGACCAUUUCACCCCCUACAGCCACCGCCCGCCGUCUCUCAGCCCUGCCUCUGUCAGGGGUCUGCCAACAGGACCAUUCCUCAGUAGAGCUACUUUUUCAGGUGCUUGUUUCCUCCAAUGAACUGCUGGCUCCACUGGUGUCACAUACUCCUACACCAGAGGCUCCACCUGAAACACUGCUCCCAGACACAAUGACAGAUGUGCUAUUACCAGACGGAAAGACUGACUUGAUUGUUUUAAAUGCUCCAGCUGUUUCAGUGGAAUGUAAUAGUCUGGGCACAGAGCUGAGCAAGGAUGGAAAUGUGGAAGGAACUUUGGCUGUUCCCAAACUACCAACCAGCUCAGGUUUUGGAAGGAAUGGAAACCCAGAGAAGGGGGAGACCGGGGGAGCAGAGGGGACAACAGUGGAGGGGGACAGUCUUCGUUGGCCUCACUCGGUCCAGUGGUUGGACCUGGGUCAGUCGCUGGUGUUUGCCGAUCUGUUUGGACAGUACCGCAUCCUGCUGUGGACUCUCUGCAGCAAAGCACUGCGGCUGCAGCUGCAUGUGCCACAAGCAGGAAACGAUGCGGGAAGCAUCAACCUCCAAGACAAACACAGGGGCUUCCAGAUCAUACACAGGAUGAGUGAAGCUUCAAAGGCAGAUCUGGUUCCAGAAGGGUGCAGAACCAUGCUGGAGGACUUCUCUCUGUAUCUGUUAGUUGUUACAGCACAUGCUCAGUGGGACUAUGAGGUGUGCAGAAGUUUAGGUUCAGCUCUGAAGGACAAGUGUCUCACAGCUGUGAAUCCAAGCAGCAACUCUGUGACACCGUCAUCUCAGCAGGAUGGAAAUGUGAUGACAUCAGCAACCACGAAGCACCUCCUGCUGCUGCCCCCUCCUCUCCUGUCAUCUCUGAGCUGCCAUCACUCAAACGACGGGGCCUCGGGUUCUUCUAGACUCUUCCCUUCCAGACUCCCUCUCCAGAGACAGACGGUUAGCUUGGUGUUAGCCACAGUGCAGCUGUCCACAGUCUGGGUCAUGUCUAAGGCUUACCAGUCCCUCUCCUCAUGGAGCCUCCACAAGUUCCUGCUCAUCACACAGGGAGACCUCCAAGUGCUGAGGGAGUCAAUAGAGACGAUGGUGCAUGAGACAAAGUCCCUGAUGAUGAAUUCAGAUAGUAACCAACAUUCCACUCUCCAUAACCACAACCAGCUUCUACUGAGGCAGCAGCUUGAAGCACUGGACAGGGCUGUAUCUGAACUGCAGACCUUCCCUUCUCUGGUGCUGAAGACCUUCUCCAGCGACUGCAAGAGGAUGUCAAGGGAGAUCUUUGAACAGACCAUGCCGUCUGCUGUGCACUGGAGACCCAGCCUCAGGACAGGUUUUCCCAACAGUCCCAGUGAGUAUGCAUCUUUGGCAGCACAGACUGUGAUUGGUCAGGUUUUGGAGGGUGUGGCACCAUUGUCUGAUGAUGCCCGUAUCCAAGCGCUGAGUAUAACGAUGACAGCCUUCAUGGAGGCGUGGAUGGAGCACAUCCUGAAACAGAGGAUCAAAUUCAGUGUGCAGGGAGCUCUCCAGCUGAAGCAGGACUUUGAUUCCAUCAGAGAGCUGAUCCAGUCCGACAAAUACGGUCUGUCAGCGGAACUCCACCAACGGCUGCUCAGCCUCCGGAUUUUCCAGCAAGUGGACUCGGCAGUGGUGUGUCUCCUCCAGCAGCCGCAAGCCAAACCAUACCUGCAGUCCAGAGCCUGGGAGCCUUUCAAACGCUGCUGUCCAGCCAACAGCAGCAGAGACAGCCUUGAUGCAGCAGUGGGGAGCAGUAUAACCAACCUGAGGUGUAUGGAGGGUGAGGACCUGACUCAGUCUGAUCCCUCAGUUGUGACGGCUGACGUCCCUCCAGUGAACCCGUCCAGCCCAGGAGAGCCCUACCUUGCUCCAAGUCUAGCUCUGAGUGUUGCUCAGCGGGAAUGGUUGGACCUGAGGAUCCAAAGCAGCGCCCGUCGCUGGAGGCUGCCGGGUCUGCAGUGUCUCUCUAAGUCUGAACCCUGAACACACACACCCUGCACAGAUGUGACACACAACUUUUGUAGAAUUAAUAUACUGUAAAAAACUGUUUUAUUUUGUUGCUCAGACAGUGUAUAUUUUUUAUAUAUAACAGUGUGAGACCUAUGGAGGUUACUUUUGAAAGAUUUAAGACAAAUGUAUUUAUUAGUCUCGAAAAUAUUUCUAUUUAUUAUGAAAGAAUAUUUGUUUUACCACAAACAUAUUUUUG